GGAAGUUACAAAACACAAAUGAACUGUUGUGUGUGUUGUUCGGUCAUUAAUUUAGGCACACACACAUUGUUUCUGGUUCAUUGUUUCUUCCAUAUUUUGACCCCCCCCCCCCCCUAAAAUAACUUAUCAGGGACUCAUUGCACACGCUGCAGCCAUUCAUGAACCAGCUCUCAGCAUAUCAGUGGCCUCAGGUCCUGGAGAGAGAGAGGAGGGCCGAGCAGGGCCUCAGCGACAUCUCCAAACAUGUCAGCACAGCACAUUGGACAGCACAGCCCUGCCCUCAGAACCAAACCACAAGAUCAACAAGGGCAAAGCUGUUUUCUCUAGAACCCCAACAGCAACCUGCCGUCCUGUAACAAAAGAGAGCCUUCCUUCAACAAGGUUCAACUUCGUAGGUGUCUCCUCCAAGGAUCCAUCACCUCUCCUCUUCUAAAGGAUCUAAUCGUUUUCUCCACUCAGCCAUGACUUCACCCUUCACCCACCUUGGGUUCGCUCCCUUUCUGACCGUCCUGCUCCUGGCGUCGACGGGUUUGAGCUGGACCAGUCCCAUCAGGGCCCCCGAGAGUCACCGCCGGGCGCCGGUCAGCAGCGACGUGCGCGACAACCCGCUCCUGGAUGCGCAGGACUUCCUGAGCCAGUUUCUGUCCACGCUGAACCUCACGGAGCCGAGGCCCCAGCGCAGGUCGGCCGCCGCUCGGAAGGAGGCCCCCGAAUACAUGCUGGAGCUGUACAAGCGCUUCGCCAGCGACCGCACCGCCGUGCCCUCGGCAAACAUUGUGCGCAGUUUCAAGAAUGAAGAUUCCUCCCCCUACAGUGUAACCAGAGGUGUACGGAUACAACCCCUGCUGUUCAACAUCUCCAUACCCCACCACGAACGCGUAACGAUAGCCGAGCUUCGCCUUUUCACCUUGGUCCAGAAAUCCCAAAGACCCGGCGCUGGGUUCGACUGCAAGGUGACCAUUUACAGAAUCCACGAGGGGGUCGUUUGGACCAAAGAGGUGGGGAAAGAAGCCAGAAGGAGGGACAAAGAAGAGGUGGUGGAGAUGAAGGAUUUGGAGGAACUGGUGACAAAGCGUAUCAAUGCCAGAGAUAACAGCUGGGUGUCGUUUGACCUGACACAUGUGGUCACACUUUGGCGGAAAUCAGGAUGUGCACUUCAUAGACUGGAGGUCCAUAUCGCGGAGGUGGAGUCAGACGAGGGGGACGCCACACAACGAGGUGUAAGUUCAGGAGAGGUUGCUAUUGACACCGAGGAGAAACACAACGCGGCGAUGAUCGUGUUCUCCGACGAUCAGAGCAGAGGUCACAAGCAGGACAAACAGGAGCUGGACCAGAUGAUCGGACACGAGGACGACCUUCCCGAGAGCGUGGGCCGGGCCCAGCAGGGGUUCCGGGGGCACGGCGGCCGCGACGGCGACCGCGCGAACCGGGACGAACUGGACAAACAGUCUCUGAUGCAGCUGCAGUCCAACCUUAUCUACGACACGCCUCCCCGAAUCCGGCGCAAUGUCAAGAGCGAGCCGUGCAAGAGGACGCCGCUCUUUGUGGAGUUUAAAGACAUCGGGUGGGACACGUGGAUCAUCCAGCCUCUGGGUUACGAGGCCUACGAGUGCAACGGCGUGUGCAACCCGCCCAUGACCUCGGAGGUCUCGCCUACCAAACACGCCAUAGUGCAGACACUGCUGAGCGUUAAAAGUCCGGAGAGAGCAUCUCGUGCCUGCUGUGUUCCCACAAAGUUGGAGCCAAUCUCCCUCCUUUACCACGAGAAUGGGGUGAUCACGUUCAACCACAAGUACGAGGGGAUGGUGGUGGCAGAAUGUGGCUGUAGAUAGUCUGUAAUGUUUGUUAGUUAUUAUAUUAGUGUAAAGUAAAACUAUAAAGCUUUUGAUGUCAAAGACUAUCGUCAAUUUAUUACUGUAUAUAUUUCUUGGUAUUUUCUUCUUAGGGUUAUGGUCUGAGGCCACACCACAGACAAAAUGGUGAGAAUAAAGGAAACUCUGGUGUUUCAGAUGAAUUCAAGAGCAUGUUAUUACUGUAGGAGGGAAGGUAAAGUACUGUGGCACUAAAAUCACCUGCUGUACACAGACAUGCUCAAAUAUGUGUGUGGUAGAAAACCUGCUCUUAAUGCAAAGUUUCAGUGUACAGAAUGUGAUAUAAAUGAAGUAAAAGCAGUUAAAAGCGCAAAAGUGUGUGUUUCCACUUUCCAUUGGCACUUAGUGUUGGAUAAGACUAAUGCUCAUACAGCCGUAGAUAAGCUAAUGCUGAACUGUAGAAUAGGCACCAUGUCAUAAUGAUUUGCACUAUUGUUGCUGUAUAUGAAAGGCUGUUUAUAAAACCCUCUUAAAUGCAUUUGUAAUUGAAUCCCAGGCUUUAUAAGUAGCUAUACACGCUGCAGCUUUAUGGUAAUUUGUUACCCUUUCUUUCUGUGCCCUGUAGCAUCUUGGAGCUUCUGAGAUGAUUUUAAGACUGUGACAGUUUCCCUCUUAUUUGCUUGGCAGACUCGCAGAAAAUGUGUUUUCGAUGGCUUUUGACCAGGAGUGGAUUUUUACGGUGUCUCUUUUGCCCUUCGGGGCAAAAUGUACAAUUCUCUUACCUAACUUUGCUGUCAGCUGCUGUUAAAAUCCUCCUUUAUACCAGCCAUUCACCUCCUGCUUGUGGAACGCACACCAAAAUGAACGAAAAAAUAAAAUGCCAGCAAAACACACUCCUGGAGUCAUUUCUGG